GAAAUGUGACGUCACUUAUAGGACACAGGUGGAGAGAAAUUGAAAUUUUACUCUUCAGAAUUUCUCAACACCUGACAACUUAUAUCACUGCUAAAGCUCGGUACCAUUGAAUGAUCUCCUCCUUAGCACAAAGUCUUUGUUUGCGAACCCUCUGGAGUUGUUCUGCGUUUUCUUGGAUAGCUUGCCGUAGUUCUCUGAUCUGCUCCUGCAAUUUAAUCAAGACGAGGAACCGUCAUCACAUUUUACACAGCGUGGACAAUUUUUACUUUUCGUUUCAAACACAACCUCACAAAUAAGACUCGCUGCAAUGUUGGUGAGCUUCCACAACCGUUUCUUUACGUAGAAGUCUUUCAGUGAUUUGUUCCUUUAGUAUCAAACAUUGCAAUGUUAGCGGGGUUGCAUAAAAUACUGAACUAACGCUACAAAGUAACGUCGACUUACUGUAGCACUUCCGUCUUGUUGCGAGGUUUUGCUAUUGUAUGUGGUCAUGAUAAAAUGUUAAGUUAUUACUAAAUUGUUUUGCAGGGUUUGUAAACUUGCUCCAACCGGGAUUCGAUCUCGCAGCCCAUAUAGCACGUGGAGGCCGUUUUUAAAGGGCACUUCCGGCUGUGUUGUCAGAGCCCGGAUAGCUCAGUCGGUAGAGCAUCAGACUUUUAAUCUGAGGGUCCAGGGUUCAAGUCCCUGUUCGGGCGACAACAUUUUCUCUUUUUUUUCUACCUUGUGGCUAAACAUAUGUUAUUUAAGUAAGAGUUCUACUCGAGUCACUGUUCAUCUGUUAUUACCAGCGCAACAUAGCUUGCCAACUGUUGUUAAUCUUUGCUUCGGUAGAAAGAAAACAGCAGUCCUAGUGAAUACACAAGGCAUUUAAAGCCCAAAAUUGCCUCAAACCUGUGCCAAACAUUAAACCCUUGCGUUUAAAGUUAGUCAUUGCAGAGGAGCUGUUAUUACACAGGGUGAGACCUCACAUUAUCCCACUGUUGGAGUUGUUGUUUAUGAAAGAAUCAAACUAAUUUAGGGAUUAAACUAGCUCGCAAACAAAUAACAGUAACCCUGUCAUUUACCUGAGAAAAUCAUGGGUAUUAUCUCGGCAUGGUGAUUGGGAACACCUAUAAAGCUAGGAGUUAGUGCUAGUAAAAUGGCAAUACUGAAGACGUAGUCUAUCAGACUGGCAAAGAUGAAGCGGAUUAUCCUCUUGUGCGUGGUCUCCACCUAUCUCUCCUCAGUAUAUGCUCAGAAAUUUUUCUUCAGCCCAAAAUGGGGCCCCAUUGGCUUUAGAGAGCGUCAAGAGCAUGGGGAGAGGACGGCAAUGGAUGAAAUCAUUAAAGCUAAUGAGUUGCAUGCUUCCCGAAUCAUAGACAGCACUACCAGCCUCAGAGAAGGAGACAUUGCUGUUUCUUCUGGAAGGCGCUCCAAAGUCUGCUUUGCUCGUAGCUGCCUCUGGACUAAGUCAGUGGAUGGACAUGUCUAUAUUGCAUACAGGCUCUCACCUGAAUACACUGAAAUGGAGGCAAAGGUGAUAAAGAAAGGUAUGGAAAACAUAGAGAAAGGUACCUGUGUACGCUUUGUUCCUCGGACUCACCAGCAAGACUAUGUUGACAUCCAACAAAGGGCCGGAUGUUGGUCCUACCUUGGUGCGCGUGGUGGAAGACAGACCGUGUCCCUCCAGAGCCCUGACUGCCUGCAGGUCGGAGUCAUCUCCCAUGAAUUCAUGCACGCUCUGGGCUUUGUGCACGAGCAGUCCCGCUUCGACCGGGACAGCUAUGUCACCGUCAUGUGGCCAAACAUUUGGAGGGACCGGUUGAGGAACUUUGAGAAAUUCAGGACUGACAAUCUGGAUCUUCCAUAUGACUAUGGCUCCAUCAUGCACUAUGGAAUGUAUGCCUACUCUCAGGACGGGGAGCCAACCAUCCUUCCUAAGAACAGCAACACCAAAGACAUCAAGCUGGGGCAGACUACAAGUCUCAGCCACAUUGACAAGCUGAAAAUCAACAAGCUUUAUAAUUGUGGUGACAUGGAUGAUAACUAACCAAAGUGAAGUGAGGUCUAACAGGAAUGUUCUGAACGCUUCUAAAAUGAACUUAUGUUUAAUCAUGCAAAAAAAAAAAAAUCAAUAAAGAUAGAUUUAAGCUUCA